AUGUCCUCCUCUUUAGAGGACAGCGAACUGGCGAGACUGGAGAAGGAACUCCUCGACGGGCCCUCGGACUCCAAGGAAAACGAAGUGGAGAACACGAGGAAAAGAAGAAAGGACUCCACCUCUUCGGAAUCGUCUUGUUACAGCUCGUCAAGUUCUACCUCGACAUCGUCGUAUUCGGAGGACAACUCGGACGGCAACAACCCGCGCCACCGGAAGGAGGAAUCGCGGAAAAAAGGAUUCAGCACCGAAUCUCCUUUGGAAGCCAUCCGUAUUCCCAGAAGAAUCGACUUCGCAGGCGCAGUCAAGGAAGCGCCAGAAAUCGCCCGAAUGGAGUACAAGAAGCUCCGGACAAGAGUCGAAAUCGACCAAAAACUUCUGGAUCACUUCAACAAGUGUGCAGCAGGGGUCUACGUAGGCACCGAGGAUAGAUUGAGCUUCUUCGACCGCCUUCCUCUGGUAUCGUCGGGUUUGGCAGCUCCCCCGGUUUUGGAUGAAGGCUUACCAAGAAAAUCAUUCAGAAUUCAAGUCGAUGAAUCUUCGCUGAUGGCGGACGCUGAAGUGCUGCUAAACGCCCUCAAUCUAAUGGCUAUUGCUCGGAGCGAGAGUCGGGCGGGUCGCUCCCAACGCGCAGAUCUUUACAUAGAGCAAGCCAUGGAAGUGCUCUCCUUUGGUGUCGAAGCGAAUGUGACACGAAGAAGAGAAAGAUUCCUAAGGUCAUUCGGAGUCGAGCCGUUGAAAAUAGUGCACAAUUUUCACCGAUUUCCAGUCGAGGAGCCUAUUCGCUCAGCAGAUCUUCCUUGGAACGAAGUCUGUCCGGCGCUCAUAGGCCCCAAACUCACGACUGAAAUAGUGGAGAAGUCCCAAUGCAGAAAGCUCACGGAAGCCCUGGUGAAGGAAGCAAAGUCCAAGAGGACGCACAGCAAUGGAAAAAGGAUGAAGACGUUUUCAUCAAAAAAAGAGAGGUUAGAAAAUCAUUUUGCUAUUCACGGGUACAAGCUCGAGUUUGGCGAUGAGAAACCCCGAUGCUCCUUGCAUGAAAAGAGAUCUGCCUCGCUUUCUGACCUUCUCAUUGCUGAAGUCUCAAAACUGCUAGAGAAAGGGGCCGUUGAAGAAAUACCCUGGUCUUCAAAAGUUUGGACCUCCAGUAUAUUCGUUAUUCCCAAAAAGGAUGGCGGAAAUAGAACCGUAAUCAAUCUGAGACCACUUAACAAAUUCAUAAAACACCACCAUUUCAAACUGGAAUCCAUUGGCUUGAUCAGGGAUCUUCUAGAGAGAAAUGAUUUCAUGGCAAAGAUCGACAUGAAAGACGCUUAUUUCUCUGUGCCUAUACAUAGCAACUACCGCAAAUACUUGGCCUUUUACUGCGGCGGAAAACUCUUCCAGUUCAAGGCACUACCCUUUGGAUUAUCCUCAGCUCCAUAUGUCUACACUAGAUUAAUGAGGGUUAUCGCUUCAGAACUGCGAAGAUGUGGGAUACGGUUGAUUGUGUACCUGGAUGAUUGGCUAUUCAUUGAUAAUGAAAAGGCCUCUCUGGUAGCAAAAAUCAACCUGAUUAUACAUCUUUUCAAAAAACUAGGUCUAACCGUAAACGAGAGCAAAUCGCAGCUAGAACCGUCGCAAAUAAUAGAGUUUCUGGGUGUGACUAUCAACUCAAAGACCUUUGAGCUAUCAGUCCCAGAGCGCAAGAUAACAAGUAUUUGCAAUACUGCCCGAAGGAUUCGAAAACGUCGAAGAGUCACCCUACGCGAUAUAGCUCGAUUCAUUGGACAGGUGAACGCAGUCAACAUGGCAGCAAGCAUUCCUAUCCUGUUCCUGCGACCGCUUCAGUCUUGGCUAGGAAGGUUCCAUCUAAAGGAUGCGAAUGAUUACCAAAAAACUAUGAGCAACCUCCCACCAGCUUGCCUUCACGACCUCAAGUGGUUGUCAAGGAAUCUGGAUAAGAUGGCUCAUGAACCUAUUUUGCACAAAAACGAGUCGCUCACCAUCACAACGGACGCAUCAAACGUUGGGAAAUCCAAGAGGACUUCGGAUGGAAGAGAAAAAGAAGCCGAAAGACGCAAAAAGCCUAAGGAUCACAGGUCAAAGAAAACGCACGCUUCGAAGAAGUGA